AAUAAAGCUCCAUGUGCAGGAGGCGGAAAAGCGGAGAAAGUUCAGUUGGUUGUUGUUGUUGUUGUUUUUAAUAUUUCUUAUUAAUAUCGAGGCAGAAACCUGAAGCUGCGGAUGAGACGGUUAAAGUCGAGCUGCUCGGUUUCCUGCGGAAAAACCGAAGCUUCCGGUUUUAAAAGUGAAGAAGAAGAAGAAGAAGUAGAAGAAGAAAAGAAAGAAAACACGAACCCGGUGUUUAAAAGUUAAAGGUGAUUUACAGGAUGUUUGUUCGUUCUUCUGCUGCCUGACGAGCGACCGAGGACGAGAUGGAGAGACAGGGUGAAGAGAGGAGAGGGGAGGAAGAGGAGGAGGAGGAGGAGAGAACGCUGAGAACUCCGUCCAGGAGGAGAGAGGAGGAGGAGGAUGAGGAGGAGGAACAGGAAGUGAAGGCUAAAGACCAAGCACAAAGAGAGCCGAUUGGUGGACACACUCCGAUCUCCGCCUGCUCCUCCUUCACCUCCAUCCGCCGAGGAGGAGGAGGCGAGCACGACGGGGAGGAAGAGGAGGUGAGAGUUGCCAUAGUCACCAUCGAGGACGAGUCCUGUCCGUCAGAGCCUUUCGGCGAGGACCACCUGGAGACGGCCACUCGGAUCGCACGUUCGGGGGACGGAGGAGACAAAGAGCAGGAAGCAGAGGAGGAGGAGGAGGAAGUAGUGGAGGAAGAAAAGUGUGAUGAGAGAGAGGAGGAAGAGGAAGAUGAGGAGAAUGCAGAGGUGACGUCACUAUCGCUGGAGCAGCUAAGUCAGAUGAAGAGGAAGUUGGAUCAUGGCCCCGAUGGACGGCCCUUCCCUUCGGGGAAGAAGCACUGCAAAGGCAACGGAUACCUCAGUCCUUCCAGUCUGGCUCAAGCCACGCCCACCACCUUCGGCGACCUGCGUCUGGCCAAUGGGCACUCGGCUCAGCGGCGGCGGGUGACCUCGGGUCCGCCUCCUUCUGGCCUGCAGGACUGGCUUCACACCUUCCAGACGUGGAGCGGCCCCGAGAGGCUAUUGGCUCUGGACGAGUUGAUUGACAGGUGCGAGACCAUGCAGGUGAAGCACAUGAUGCAGGUCAUCGAGCCGCAGUUCCAGAGGGACUUCAUAUCCCUGCUGCCCAAGGAGUUGGCGCUGUACGUGCUGACCUUCCUGGCCCCCAGAGACCUGCUGCAGGCGGCGCGGACCUGCCGCUACUGGAGGAUCCUGGCUGAGGACAACCUGCUGUGGAGGGAGAAGUGCCGCGAGGAAGGUAUCUCGGAGUGCGUGUCGUCUCGCCGCAGGAAGAGUGUGAGGCCGGGGCCGGCGGUCAGCCCGUGGAAGUCCACCUUCAUCAGACAGCACCGCAUCGAGAGCAACUGGAGGAAGGGUGAUGACCGGGAGCCCACGGUGCUGAAAGGUCACGACGACCACGUGAUCACGUGUCUCCAGUUCAGCGGCGACCUGAUCGUCAGUGGCUCCGACGACAACACGCUCAAAGUCUGGUCGGCCGUCACGGGCAAGUGCCUGCGGACGCUGACGGGUCACAGCGGCGGCGUGUGGUGCAGCCAGAUGGCGGUCGCCACGGUGAUCAGCGGCUCCACCGACCGGACGCUGCGCGUGUGGGACGCCGAGAGCGGCGAGUGCGUCCACACGCUGUACGGCCACACGUCCACGGUGCGCUGCGUGCAUCUCCACGGCAACCGGGUGGUGUCGGGGUCCCGGGACACGACGCUUCGCGUGUGGGACGUGUCGAGCGGCCGCUGCGAACACGUGCUGACGGGCCACGUGGCGGCCGUGCGCUGCGUCCAGUACGACGGUCGCCGCGUGGUGUCGGGAGGCUACGACUACAUGGUGAAGGUGUGGGACCCUGAGACGGAGGCGUGUCUGCACACGCUGCAGGGACACACCAACAGGGUGUACUCGCUGCAGUUUGACGGCGUGUUCGUGGUCAGCGGCUCGUUGGACACGUCCAUAAGAGUCUGGGACGCAGAGACAGGUGGGUGUGUCCACACGUUAACCGGCCACCAGUCGCUGACCAGCGGCAUGGAGCUGCGCGACAACGUGCUGGUGUCCGGGAACGCCGACUCCACGGUCCGAGUGUGGGACGUCCGCACGGGACAGUGCCUCCACACACUGCAAGGGCCCAACAAGCACCUGUCGGCGGUGACGUGUCUGCAGUUCUGCCGCGGUCUGGUUCUGUCCAGCUCCGAUGACGGGACGGUCAAACUGUGGGACCUGCGGACCGGCGCCUGGCUGAGGGACGUGGUGGCGCUGCAGAGCCGGGGGUCAGGUGGCGUGGUGUGGCGAAUCCGAGCGUCCGACACUCGGCUGGUGUGCGCCGCCGGCAGCAGGAACGGGACGGAGGAAACCAAACUCCUGGUGUUGGACUUCGACCUGGACGACAGGAGGAAGGAGUCGGACUGAGGAGGAACCUGUAAAAAGGUUACGGGGGAAAAAAGACGUGGAAUGGUUUCCAGGACGACGGGAAACUGCAGUGACCAAUGAAUGUUUGACGGAUAAAAACGUUUUUGUUUUUUUUCUACGACGGAGGGCGAACGGUUGACGGACUGAUCAUGAAGUUUGGGGCGGAGCUUCAGAGGAAACGGUGGAUUGACGAUGGUUGAAUGUAACCAAUGGGAGGAGGGAUGGGGCGGGACGAGGUCAUGAACCAAUGGGGGGCGUCGCUGUGGAAAACCAACCACAUGUACCAAAUGUUUGCCGGACACACGUGCGACGUUCAGGAGAAACGUUGAGUCGAAAAGAAUGUGAACAAACAAGAACCUCAUAUCACGUCAGUAUUGUUUUCACGCCAGCGGCCAUUUUGUGUCUGAUUUCCCAUAAACCUCCCGCUCAUGAAAAAUCUGACUUUACUGCAGAGAAACUUUCACCAAACGCAAAGUGUCAAACGGCAAAACAAAAUGAAACCACUACGGUUUCAAAUACGCCGAUUUUAUAGCAUUAAAAUAUUUAAUUGCAUCAUCAUUUAUGCGUCUUAAAUAUACAACAUUUUGUCCCUUCUUUGCUUCCAUACGUUAGAUUCUUCACACAGCUUAUGAAAUAUUAACAGCUCCUCUCACCAGAUAUUAAUCAAAAAAACCUGGCCGUUGCCAGGCAACACACAGCAGCCAAUAAGCAGAGGUUCGGGUGAUAUUUCCCCCGGCAACAAGUGUUUGGUAGUUUUUCUUUCUUUCUUUCUCUCCAGGAGAGUCAACCUUUUUCCGGUCGCGAGGCUCCGGAGCGUCGCCGCCGGCGUCCCGAUUGUGUGAUCGUGUAAAUGACUGUAAAUACAAAGAGGAUGUACAUAUUCAGCUUUUUUUAUAUAUAAGAGGGGAACAAGUGAAAAUAUUGUCUCGGGUUGAAUGAGAGGACGAAGAGUAUGGAUCAAUAAAGAUGAGUUUUGUAAAAAAAAAAACCACAA